UUUAGAGCGGUGGGAAAAACAUGUCUUCUCAUCAGCUACACAACCAAUGCCUUCCCCGGGGAGUACAUUCCUACUGUGUUUGACUACUACUCAGCUAAUGUGAUGGUGGACAGCAAGCCAGUCAACCUGGGCCUCUGGGAUACAGCUGGACAAGAAGACUACGACAGGCUCCGCCCACUGUCCUACCCACAGACGGAUGUUUUCCUCAUCUGUUUCUCCCUGGUGAGCCCAGCGUCCUAUGAUAAUGUCAGAACUAAGGUAAGUCUUAUAUCUGUGGUACAUUAUUAUUUGGACCUUUUCACAUAUUCAGUGAAGUACCUGGAGUGCUCGGCUUUGACCCAGUGCUGUCUGAAGACGGUGUUUGAUGAGGCCAUCCGAGCCGUGCUCUGCCCCCAGCCCACUAAGGUCAAGAAGAAGCCCUGCUCCCUGCUGUAAAUGAUUCAUGCAGGACCAGAAAGAACAGAGAAAGAGAUUCAGACUGAUGACCCCUCGUUAAAGAAGACCUUUUGAAAGUUCUGUUAUGUUUCUAAUAGAAAACUACAACUAGAUUUCCACUGGUUAAAACAAAUAAUGAUUUUGCAGUUAUAAUAAAAUGGCACCAAACAUUUCUGUGCUGCAUACUCUGAGACUGAUUUUUAAAAUGCAUUAUAGACGCUCUACCAGGCACAAUUUUCUACUGCCCCAGUUCGCACUAUAGAUUUGAUCUGUUGGCUUUAAUGUAAGACCACGAGCAGAAUGCUACUAUAUUAUGUUUCCAUGUACCAACAUACCUUCAGACCAGACUGCGUCUCACUGCCCUUUUGGGGUCAACAAUAAGCUACAUACAGGUGCUUUUGUACAGCUUCAAAUGAUAUUUGUUAGUGCAAAGCUAGUGUUGCUAUAAUAUAAUGUCUUACCACUGUUGUUAUGAGAGUCACGAACAAUAAUAAAAACACAAGGAUCAGGGAUGUAGUUUUGAACAAGGUUGUAUUUUAAUAAAAGUUAUGAACAAAUGUAUUAUUUGUUGUGAUGUCAAAAUAAAAGACAUUUUAUCAAGUAAAA